UCCCUGCCGCGACCGACCGUCACGGUAGUUAGACCCGUGUGCGCCGCAAGCUGCCAGCCUUCCCUAGAGUUUCCUAUAUCCUCUCUUUCCUCUCCGCUCUCGGGUUUCUUCACCAUUAGAUCCCACCGAUUCCACGCUCCACUGAUCCUGCUGGUCCGGCGGCUCGCCGCUACCGAUUGAACACCCCAAUUCGGGCCCCUCCAUUCGGUCUAAUUGGGAGGUUCUUUGGAAGCGCAUCCACCCACGAAUCGAGGAUUGGAGCUUUCUUGCAGUUGCAUUCAGGAAUCAUGAAUAAUUUGUUGCAAGACUGAUGCGGGUGUUGAGGUAACUACUGGAUGAAUUUGUUAUUAUGGCCAAUGCCCUGAUUCUGCCCGGGGCUUAUGAGCUUGCUGAAUAUCUGAAGUACAAGUAACCAUGGAUAGAAAAGUCGGAGUGGUUUUAGUCUGCCUGCUCUUCCUACUCAUUGGGGAAGUUUCGGCGGUUGCCCAGACCGAGGUUGGUCAUGUGCGUGUAACACAGGAGGCACCAGAUCUGAAGCUAGAGGAUGCUGGUAGACAUGAUGUGUCCCAAAGUGGAAGGGUGUCGGUGUAUGUUGUUGCAUGGUCGACGCUUGCGAUGGCUGCAGCAACAGGGUUGGGAGCACUUCCCUUCUUUUUCCUGGAGCUAGAGGCCCAAUGGGCAGGCCUUUGCAAUGGGUUGGCAGCUGGGGUGAUGUUGGCAGCAAGUUUUGAUCUUGUGCAGGAAGGGCAGAUGUACGGCAGUGGGAGUUGGGUUGUUUUUGGGAUUUUGAGUGGAGGGAUCUUUAUUUGGCUUUGCAAGAAGAUUCUUGAGCAACAUGGAGAAGUAAGUAUGUUGGAUAUAAAAGGUGCAGAUGCAAGUAAAGUUAUUCUUGUUGUUGGAAUAAUGACACUCCAUUCUUUUGGCGAGGGUUCUGGUGUUGGUGUUUCCUUUGUUGGGUCAAAAGGAUUAUCUCAAGGUCUUUUAGUUACUGUAGCUAUAGCAGUGCACAACAUACCUGAAGGCCUGGCUGUAAGCAUGGUACUAUCAUCUAGGGGUGUCUCCCCACAAAAAGCAAUGCUAUGGAGUAUCAUAACAUCUUUACCACAGCCAAUUGUUGCUGUGCCUGCAUUCCUUUGUGCCGAUGCAUUUCAGAAGGUGCUUCCUUUCUGUACUGGUUUUGCUGCAGGGUGCAUGAUAUGGAUUGUUAUUGCAGAGGUUCUUCCUGAUGCUUUUAAGGAAGCAACUCCAUCUCAAGUAGCCUCUGCUGGAACACUUGCUGUUGCUUUUAUGGAAACAUUAAGUACCGUGCUUCAGGGAUUCACGGAUGGCCACGGCUUGGAAGAUACAUCAGGCUUUUUGGUAUCACUUGUAUUUGGUCUUGGUCCACUUUUUGGAGGAAUUAUACUUGUCGCGUUCUCGCUUGCCUUCAACAUGCCACACCCUCUUCUUACUGGUGUAGCAUCUGGCAUUGCCUUCCGUCUUGCUUCAUGGAGGCCAUUGCAACUUGUGAUGUCCUUAAAGAUGGGUCUCUUCACCACCUUGUUCCUCCUGCUAGGAGGUUCCGUCUUCUACCAUCUCGUGGAAGCAAGCAUCCUUAUGGUUGCUAAACACAAUAAAUCAUCCGUCAAUGUCAUUACAUCUUCCAGCAGGCUCUCUCUUAGUGUCCUCACACAGCAAUCGCUCCUUGCUUGCGGUUGCGUCUUCCUUCACGCCUACGCCGAAGGGCUUGCACUUGGUGUGGCGGCACGCAAGGCAUCUGGUCUAGGCCGCUACAUGGUUCUUCCAGUCUCUCUUCACGGCCUACCACGGGGUGCUGCUGUUGCUAGUUGUGUAUAUGGUGCCACUGAUAGCUGGCGAGGAGCCUUGGCAGCUGCAGCUCUGACCGGGUUUGCGGGACCAAGCGCGGCCAUCGGUGCAAUCCUUGCGAAGAUUGGCUAUGAUGGACUGGACUAUUGGAUGGUGAUUGCAUGCGGGGCUUUGAUCCCAAGCUUUGGCCGUGUCUUCAGACGCUCGUUGCGGCUGGACGCGAGGAAGAGCGUCUGCGGGAUCCUGAUAGGUUUUGGUUUUGCUUGGGUGUGUUUGAUGUCCACCAGAUUCAUCUGCUUGCACACCCCUUACUGCAAUUCAGCUCCAGAAGCGGUCACAUGAUGUGUUCCUGUCAGAUAGUCACAUGUAACAUCAAUGUAACGAUAAUACUGAAAUUAUAAGAGGGACAUCCUUUCCUUGUAUGAACAAAGUGAUGAAAGGGAAACGAACAUUAGACAGUGAUUUUGCUAAUCUUGCAAAUUGUGCCACUACAACACAAAAGAAAAGACCGCCUGCUACUUUGGUGAA